AUGGGAUCAAGGGAUCAGCAGGUGAAGAGCAGCGGAGGAUUCUUCUUCGCGAUCAAGAGCUGGGGCUUUGCGAUGCAGAAAUCGGUCAGGCGCAACUUAGGCCAGACAAAAGUAAUGUUGGAUGCUUUGAUUAAGGACCCUCUUGAGCCAGUUCUCUUGUUCACAAGGCCCCUCGAACCACAGAAAUUAGCUGCUGGGGCUCUGCGAUGCAGAAAUCGGUCAGCGGCAAAGUUCCUCAGGAAUCUCACUGAAGAAGAGAUUGCAUUCAUUUCCCAAUCAGCAGUAAACUAUGUCAAUCUUGCCGAGGUCCAUGCUGCAGAAAAUGCGAAGUCAUUUGACGAGAUCGAGUUUGAGAUGGCGCUUCGCAAGAAGUUUGCUCGCAUAGACGAGGAGUACGAUUCAAUGCUCGGAGUAGUUAGUGAAGUCCCACCAGAGCUCACACUUCCUAAUAACAUUGAAUGUGUAUGUAUAUAUUUUGGGUGUAUGAGUCAUUUUUGA